AUGGAAGUUGCAGCUGAGGAGUAUCAGCAGCACAAGCAGAAGCAGCUUGGUGUGACAGAUGCGAAAACGCGGGCGCAAGUACUGCUUGAGUUGCGGACAUUAAAGGAGCAUCAAGCAAAUCCAUCGGAUGAAACUGGUGACCGCAGUGGUACCAAGAUUGCCAAGGUUUUUAUCUCUGUAAUUCUGCUUUUUGUGUUGUUUUCGCAACACUUAUUUGCACUGAGCGAACAUGAUCAUGAACCAAAUUUAUUGUUGAAUAACACAUCAAAUGAGCGAAUACUAAGUGAAUUAGCUCAAGAUUUUCACUUCUUUCCCUUUUUGGCUCGGCUUUUACAACCCGCUCAGUUUCGCCGUCAGAAAGUGAAACUUUAUCUGUAUCCACUCCUUGUAAGUGGCAGAGGCACUCGAAAGUAG